CUGUUGACCCACCCUAAAACAAGUGCUGGAUUUCUCUGCGAUUGUGUGAGAGAAGAUGCUUUUCCGUGCAAGAUUUUGGCUGGUGCUGUUGCUGACUGUGGCGAUUUGGUCAUAUGGUACCAGUGUAGGACACAAAGAGCAGGAUAGCAGCCAGAAGGUCACCCAACAAUCAGGAUGGAACGGAGAUGAGCAGGAAGUUACAGAUAUGGUACGCAUACCCCGCAGCGCCAGUGAACAGCCGAUUGCUCCAUCCUCUGUGGACGUGCCGUGUGAUGAAGAGCAACUAGCUCGCAGUCUUGCCAUGGAUGACUUCCUGUCAGCGUUGAGCAGAGAGAGCGAAUUCGAGAGUAUGGAAUCCCAGCGGUUUGGAAUAUGUUCCCCUGGAAGUUCAAGUCUGCAGAUUUCACGGCUAGUACAGAGUUUGCAAAAACGAAGUAGUCUCAAGGGUGUACAUUCCACAAAAGAUAUUUGGGAUGCUGAAAAGGAAGGAGAGAUGACUUUAACCCUCACAUUCCCAAGAGAUGCUCAACCGACCAGCCCAGCCUCUGUGAUGCUCCUGUUCAGUGUCGAUUCCAUUAAAGGAGAUGGUCUGAGAGUGAAAUUCAACAGUCAUUCCAUCCAUCCAAGUACACAGACCGUUUGCAUUUCUGAGGUUACACGUUUCCUGGUUCUUACAGCAGGACAAAGUCAUGCCCAUGUUCACCUUAAACUAAGUGUAGCAAUUGAGACAUGGAAAGAGACGAAACCCAGUGUAUCUGAGCUUCGGGACUUGUUGAUGAAAAAGGUAGACAACAGCAAUGUGUCAAUGAGGCCGAUCUUACUUUUCCUCUCUGACCGUGAUGAGCAAAGGACACCGCACUUAAAAUAUCACGGAAAUCCACUGGAUGAGGAACUCCCUUCCAGAACUUAUCUUUUCCUCUGUGAGCUGCAGAAGUUCUUGAGCGAUGUCCUUCCUCAGAAAGAGGGACCGACCUCUCAGGAAGCUGCAAACAGUAUCUAUUUGGAUGCGCUGCAUUCUCUUCCACCUCUCAGCCUUGGAGUGUCAUCCACAGAGUCUCUACUGUCAGGACUGGUCAAUUCCUCCACGCCGACUGUAUUUGUCUUCCCUGAGAGACAGCGAGGCCUGCAGAAUCACAGAGUGGAGGUGACUCUAGAUUCUCCUUUGCUGUCUGUGCUCAGAACGAGACUGGAUGAAGCAACGGCUCAGGUGAAACAGCAGGAGGUGGGGCAAAAGGUGACUGACAGGCUUCAGAAACUGAGUAAACUAAGUGGCCUUUCUCCAGAAGUAGAGGACGAUGAAGCAGUGGCUAAGGAACAUAAACGGGCCCAGUACCGGUCCAUUUUGCUGCUGAAGGCCCUGCAGAUGGUACUCAGUACCUGGGAGGUGGAAAGAGCUCAGAGAGCAGCCAGAGCGGAUGAAGAUGGCCCAACGCUGCCCAGUCAGUGUCGGCUUCAGAGCUUGUCAGUGUCCUUGAGGAAGUUCUUACUUGAGCCUUCAAAAGUCAACAUCAACAACUGUGAGGGAGAGUGUAGAUUCCCUCUGACCAGAGGCAACAACCACGCCAUCCUCCUGAACAGCCACAUUCAGAGUGGCCAGCCCGUCAACCGCUCUCUCUGCUGCGUCCCGGUGGAGUUUGAUGACCUGUGUGUGAUCGAGCUGGAGAGCGAGGGCACCAACAUCUCCUUCAAGACCAACGUGGUAGCGACCAAGUGCGAAUGUCGCUGACGCUCCCUCCUUUUGUUCUUUGAAAUGAGCUCAUGAGUGCGCAUUUAGCAACAUAUGGAUAAAACCUGAUACAUCUGCAUUUAUUUUUGCUUGUAAACACACAAAGUUCUAGGUUUUCUCAAACUGACCUGCUACAUAUGCAAACAUGCAACAUAAAAUGUCAUUUAAUGUGUAAAUUAGGUAAUUAUGGGGAAAUUUAGCAUAUUCAGUGAUAUAAACAAUUUUAGACCACUUUAGCUGUAUGACAUAAUUAGCUGUCUUAUUAACAUGGAUUUGCAUCAGUGCUAAACGCAUUAAAAUAUUUGGCUGCAUUAGAAUAAAAAAUAUUUUAAAAAGCA